CCACUGCUUCAGCUUCUUCCCCUUUUCACACACACUCAGUACUAGUGUGCAGAAAUGUGAAAAUUUCACACACUCACUCACACACCCAAAGCUAAAAAAAACACACCACAAAAUGCCCACCGCCGCCGCCUCCACCCUCUUCCUCCUACUCUUAUCCUUCACCCUCCGCCCCUUAUCCUCAACCCUCGCUCCCCAGCCCCGCCGCAUUCUCCACCAACCCCUCCUUCCCGAAGACUCCCCCCCAUCUCCGCCCCCGGCCCCCUCUCCCCCAAAAUACCCCUUCACCGCCUCUGCCCCCUUUUUCCAAUCCUACCCCACCCCCCCUCCGCCCCCCUCCCCGGCCUCCUUCGCCUCAUUCCCCGCCAACAUCUCCUCCCUCACCGUCUCCGCCCCCUCCAAACCUAACUCCACCUCCUCCAAGCUCAUCAUCGCCGCCGUCGCCUCCGUCGUCGCCGCCAUCGCCGUCGUCUCCCUCGCCGUCUUCCUCCACCUCCGCCACCGCACCGCCUCUCCUCGAUCGCCUCACUUCGAUCAAUCCAAACCUCCGAAUUCCGAUACCAGCAGCGUGGUUUCGUUCAAUCAGGCUCAGGCUCCCAAUCGCCGCCAUAUUCCAAAGCUUCACCGGCCUUCGCAAUCCAGCGCUGAGUUCCUCUACCUCGGCACUUUAGUCAAUUCACACGCCCCUGCUCCUGCCCCCGCCGCUGCUACUGCAACUACAGCUAAUUACAGUAAUGCUGCUGAUUCGCGGAAAUUGGACUCGCCGGAGCUCCGUCCGCUGCCGCCGCUGAGCAUGCGGCCGGUCAACAAUGCUGAAGUUAUUUCGAGUAAGGAUGAUGAGAGCGAGGAGUUUUACUCUCCUAAAGGCUCCAUUAAUGGCUCGAUCGGCAACGGAUCAGCUUCUAGGAGAACUUUCGCCGCCGUGGAAGAGGAGAAUUUCAAUGGCUCCACUUCGAAUUCUUCCUCUACAUACUCUUCUUCUAUCCAUGGAUCGGGCUCUCCGGCGCCGUCUGCGUCGUUCUCCCUUUCUCCGGCGAAUACUCAGAUUCCGACCAAUUCGAUCCCUAAAUCGCCGGAUUUAAUCGAGAUUCAAACUGUUGCACACUUGCCUCCGCAAAUGCCGUCGCCGCCGGAGGCGCGGGGUUCGGUGAUUCAGGAAUCUGCAUCGCCGAUCUCAUCUUCUCCGAGUGUUUCGAGUGUUUUAGAUCAGAAACCGGAGUCUCCAGCUAGAAUCAAUAGCUCUAAUCCAGCACCGGCGGAAACAAGAGAUUUGGACCCUCAGUCAUCUCCGUCGCCGGCUACAUCAUCCUCACCGGAACAGUCGCCGAGGAAUUCUAAUGCUUGGGAUCGAAAUGUGGAAUCUCCAGCGAGAAGUAACAGCGCUCUAGAAAAUGCGACACAGUUUCCACUGAGUUCAUCGCCUAGGGAUUCGAAUGUUUCGGAUCGAAACUUGGAAUCUCCAGUGAGAGAUAGCAGUCUUCUCGAGCAUACUUUUCCAACUCCACCAGAAAUACGUAAUUUAACGGUUCCAGAUUCUGCAUCGCCAUCGCCGUUGCCGGUGAAUUCAUUAUCGCUAGAAAGACGCCCGACAUCGAGUGCGGAAUCAUCGCCGAGAAACUCAAAUGUUUCAGAUCAGUUUGAGGAAUCGUCCGCGACGGAAUCUGCAUCUGAAGUUACGCCGAUUUUCAACGUUUGGUAUUGGAAUGAGGACUCUCCGGUGAGAAACGUAGCUGAAAUGAUAUCCGAAUCUGCACUUCCUUUGCCCUCAAUUUCACUCGCACCAGAAAAUUGCUUGAUGAGAAGCGAGGAAUCAUCUCCGAGGAAUUCGGAUGCUUCCGACCAAAUAGAAUCUCCGGUGGGAAUCAGCAGUUCCGAACAGCACAACUCAACUUCCAUUCCAACAGAGAUGGCAGCUUUAGUGUUGCCGGAAUCUACAUCGCCGUUGGCUGAGGAUUCAUAUUUGAGCAGUGAGGAAUCAUCGCCUAGGAUUUCAAAUAUUAGCAAUCACAACGCGGAACCUCUAGUUGGAAUCACCAGUCCUGCAAUGCACAACUCCGAUGCACUUCCGGCAUCACCGGAUAUAGAAGCUUUGGUAUUGCCAGAAUCUGCGUCGCCAUUGGCCUUCAUACCACCAUCUCCGGUGAGAUAUUUGAGUAGUGCUGAAUCAUCGCCGAGGAAUUCAAAUGUCUCUGAUCCGAUGGGAUUCAGCAGCCCUAAAAACCGCAUUUCCGGCGAAAUCCGGACAUCUUCACCGGAUAUGGAAGAUGUAAUGUUGCCGGAAUCUCUAUCGCAUUCACCACCAGAAAAUCAUUCAGGGGAAAAUGAUGACACGUCGCCUAGAAUCUCAAAUGCUUCCAAUCAAGAUGUUGAAUCUCUGGUGGCGUCUCCGGCAAGGAUCAGCAGCCCCGAGCUUCAUGAUCUGCCGCCAUUAUCGCAGGAGAUACACCAGAGAGAAAGUGAAGAAACACUUCCAACCACAUUGAAGGAUUUUGAUCGGAAUAUGGAGUCUUCACCACAAUACAUCCCUGAUGUCCUUCCAUCUGCUCCGCCCCCAGUGCCGCCAGCUUUAGCCAUCCCUCCACCUCCACCUCCUCCUCCGCCCCUGCCUCAGAGCAAAGCAUGGCUAAGCCCAACAACCCCAACCCCGGUAGCAGCCAAGAAUCCUCUUCAUCCACCCGCCUUGAUCAAUCCACUAAAACCAAUCGGCUUUGAAUCUUGCACGUCGAUAUCUCCAAUGCAGCUUCCCUCCGAUAACGACGAAGACGAGUUGAAUCCCAAGCCAAAAUUGAAGGCAUUGCAUUGGGAUAAAGUGAGAGCUAGUUCUGAUAGGGAGAUGGUGUGGGAUCAUCUUAAAUGCAGCUCAUUCAAAUUGAACGAGGAGAUGAUCGAGACGUUGUUUGUUGUCAACACUCCGAAGCCAAAUCCAAAUCCAAAUCCAAAUCCAAACGAAGCAAGCAGGUGGCAAGUUCUCCCCCCUCCGGGCCAUGACAGUAGCGACAAGGUUCUUGACCCGAAGAAAUCGCAAAACAUUGCCAUCUUGUUGAAGGCACUCCAUGUCACUGUGGAAGAAGUUUGCGAAGGCCUUUUGGAAGGCAAUGCAGAGAUUCUCGGGGCUGAACUUCUUGAGAGUCUGUUGAAGAUGGCUCCGAGCAAGGAGGAGGAGCGUAAGCUGAGAGAAUACAAAGAUGAGUCCCCGAUUAAGCUUGGGCCUGCGGAGAGGUUCUUGAAGGCAGUUGUCGACAUACCUCACGCUUUCAGAAGAGUAGAAGCGUUGCUCUAUGCUUCCAACUUCGAAUCCGAGGUUGACUACCUGAUAAAGUCAUUUGCGACUUUGGAGGCCGCCUGCGAGGAGCUGAGGACGAGUCGGAUGUUCCUGAAGCUUCUGGAAGCAGUGCUGAAGACGGGGAACCGGAUGAACGUGGGGACAAACCGCGGUGAUGCUCAUGCUUUCAAGCUCGACACACUCCUCAAGCUCGUGGAUGUCAAGGGGGCAGACGGGAAGACCACACUUCUGCAUUUUGUCGUGCAGGAGAUCAUAAGGAGCGAGGGCGCCCGUCUCUCUGGUGAGGUGGUGGUGGAGGAAUUGUCGGCAAGCAGUGACGCCAAGUGCAGGAAGCUCGGCCUCCAAGUUGUGUCAGCUCUGGGUUCGGAGCUCUCCAGCGUGAAGAAAGCCGCUGUGAUGGACGCGGAAGUGCUCAGCACCUACGUCGCCAAGCUUGCAAAAGGGAUGAGAAAUGUCAAGGAGAUUCUUGAAUUGGAUGAAAGCAGCAAUAGAUUUGCAGAAUCCAUGAAUGGCUUCUGCAAGAAUGCAGAAGAGGAGAUUUGCAGGAUUCAAGCACAGGAGAGCUUAGCACUUUCUUUGGUGAAGGAGAUAACUGAGUACUUCCAUGGAAACUCGGCGAUGGAGGAGCCUCACCCGUUCCGGAUCUUCAUGGUGGUCCGGGACUUCCUCACGGUGUUGGACCGCGUGUGCAAGGAAGUUGGGAUGAUCAACGAGCGAACCAUCAUCAGCUCCGCCCACAGGUUCCCGGUCCCAGUUAACCCGAUGCUGCAGCAGGCGACAGGGACGUUUCAGAGGCGGCAGCACGCCUCGUUGGAUGAUGAGAACCUUCCCCUCAAUGUGUAGGCGAGUCUGGUGAUGGUUAUCCGUGGGCAUGUUUGAUGUGUUAAAUUCAUAGAUAAUGUGAUAUUAUGUAGCUAUAACAGAUAUAGAUUAAAGAGAUGAAAAAAAUAUUUAUUUUUCCA